AACUCUACCAUAUGGAUGGCUAUGAUCAACGAGACACAGGCAGUUCAGUUCAUCCUCCAGGGAUUCUCUGAACACCCUGAACUCCAGAUCCCCUUAUUCGUUUGUUUCUUCUCCUUGUAUAUUGUGGCCCUCACAGGCAAUGUCCUGAUCAUCGCAGCCAUCAUAUUCAACUCAAGCCUCCAUAGCCCCAUGUACUUUUUCCUUUUUAACUUGGCUGCAAUGGACAUCAUCUGCACCUCCUCUGUUCUUCCCAAAGUACUGAAGGGGCUGCUCUCAGAAGAGAACACCAUCUCCUAUGGGGGCUGCAUGGCCCAGCUCUACUUUCUCACUUGGUCUGCAUCAUCUGAGUUGCUUCUGCUCACUGUCAUGGCUUAUGACCGUUAUGUGGCCAUCUGCCAUCCCCUACAUUAUGGCACCAUGAUGAGCAAGACGCUCUGUAGUGUAUUGGCAUCUGGAGUGUGGGGUCUUUGUGCCUUCAAUACUGCAAUACAUACAGGUCUGAUGAUUCGCCUGUCUUUUUGUGGACCCAAAACUGUUACUCAUUUCUUUUGUGAGGUUCCCCCUCUCUUGCUUCUGUCUUGCAGUUCUACAUAUGUAAACACAAUCAUGAUAGUCCUGGCAGAUGCCUUCUAUGGAAUAUUGAACUUCGGGCUGACAUUGGUUUCCUACUGUUUAAUUAUCUCCAGCAUUCUAAAAAUAAGGACAACAGAAGGAAAGAAGAAAGCAUUCUCUACCUGCUCUUCCCAUCUUAUUGUGGUGUGCAUGUAUUAUACUGCUGUGUUCUAUGCCUACAUAAGCCCAGUCUCAAGCUACAGCCCAGAAAAGAGUAAACUGGCUGGUGUGCUAUACACCAUGUUGAGCCCCACCUUGAAUCCUCUGAUCUAUACUCUGAGAAACAAGGAAGUCAAACAAGCCCUCAGAAAAAUCCUCUCUUUCUUCAAAAACUAA